AUGCCGUCGUUUGACCGUGUCUACGCCUCGUCGCCGGUUCUCGCCAUGCCGCCACAGGCCGCUCAUCAGGUCUCGCUCGGCAAGCCCUUCCCGCAACACCAAAGCCUCCCUUUCAGCCCUCCAGCCUCAUGGCGAUCCCAGUUGGCCCGUACCUGUACGGCCGCCGGCCGCAAACGGUCUAGAGAUGAAGCCGCAGUCAAUCUUGACGCCCCGGAAAAGCUGGUCGAGGCUCCUGUCAACAAGGAACCAGAAGAUGAAUGGAUCUAUGGCCCCGGUAUGACGCUCAUCAAGAAGUCUACUGGCUAUAUCACCGACGCCGGCAACCAGUCCGGGACGUGGGUUGAAGAACGCGCCGCUGUGGAGGACGCGCGCAAGCUGGAGGAGGCUCUUCGUGCGCGCGACCAAUUGGCGCAGUCGCGGCCUUCUCUCAGGAGCCAUAAAUCACAACGGCUCGACAUGACGCCGCCUACCCAUUCAGAGGAGAGGUUCCCAAGCCGCCGUUCCAGCCCCACCCGCGAGGCAACCAACCCAAUGACAUCGUCUUCGGAUUCACUUGCGCAGCCAAUCGUGGAUGACUUCACGCUUCAUCUCGGCAUCGGCUGGAGCCGAAUCAGCGACGACGGCCACAUCCAAGCCGCCGCGCGUGGUUGGGCCAGGUACAUCGAGAACCACUACCCAGUCAGCAACGUCAAAAUUCUCUUGGAGAGCCGCGGCCUCCAGUCGUACUUGGUUGAAGCAACCGAAGGGUUUUUCCUCUUCGCCGAAAAUCUCCGUCAAGGCCGGCUCGUUAGCGUAACUCCGGAAGGCACCCUCAACAACCUCAAAAUUUCGCCGCCUGUUUUUGAUGGACUCAACACCAUGGAUGCGUCAGAGUCGGCUAAGCCCCUUGACUCGACCGUGCCUAUCACCUCGGCUGAUAUGGACAUGAGCUGA